CACCAUCAGGAUAAAAAAAAGUCUUUACAUUCAAGAAAACCAAGUUUCCCUUGUAAUUCCAUAUUGGGUUUUGAGUUUGAUUUGUAAGAUGGAGAGCUCAACAUCGAAGGUAGAGGUCAUCAUAAAGCCUAUGCUGCUUAAAACUGGGAUUCCUUUAGCUUUGUCUGUGGUUGGUUUCAUCUGUGCAAAGCUUAUGGCUAAAAGAAGCUUGAAUCCUAAAGAGUCUUUAUCAGAAGCUGAUGAUCAGGUGCUUAGAGAUGGGGAUAGCUUUCAUAGUUUCAGUUCUACAUGUGUGUUUUCCAUGGAAGAUCAUGAACCAAUUAUCAUGGAUGCAAAUGUCAUGAAUUUAGCAGAAAGUUUGGAGAUUGGAUAUAAUAAACACGAAUUGGAGGAAGAGAUUUCGUUCCUAAGAAUCGGACUUGAUGAUCUUCAAAACAGAGAAUCUGAGUUGGAGAUGCAAUUUAUCCACUACUGUGACUUGAAAGAGAAAAAAUCUGUUGUUGUGGAGCUGAGGAAUAUGUUGUUAUUGGAAAUGGCUCAUGUUGAGUUUUUCAACAGAGAAUUUUCAUCCAUGGAGGCUGAGAGCCAAAGGCUUCAGAAGUUGGUAGUAGAAUAUUUGAGGAUUUUGGAGCAACUUGAGUAUUGGAAAUCAGAAAAUGGAUUUCUUCAGAGAAAGGUAAAGAAGCUUUUGAGGAAAGCAAGUUGGCAAUCUCGAAUAAUGCAAAAACAAGAUUUGAAGCUUGAAGCUUGGGAAGCAGAAGUUUUGAGGAUAUAUGAUGUACUAGAAACAAGGACAAAGGUUAUCAAGAAAUUGGAAGAUGAAGUUGGGGAGCUGAGAGUGGUUUUGGACCAAGUGCAGGAUGAGAAAAAUGUGCUCCUGGAAAAGCUUGAAUUGGCAGAAAAAUCAGCUUCCUCAAUCUCCAAGGUGACACCACUUAUUGACAGUCUAACCGCUUUGAGGUAUCACAUACUGCAGAUUGGAGGAGAAGGGAUCAAAAUUGAAGUCCUCAAAAAGGAAAUAGAGCAGCUGCAGAAGGAUCGUGCAGCUGAACUGAAGGAACUGGUUUACUUGCAGUGGAGCAAUGCGUUAAGGCACGAGUUGAUGAGGAAUCAAGCACAAGAAGAGCAGCAAGAUCAGGAGAAGAACAAUAAUUUGGCAACAGAUUUUGAAGGAAGCGGAGAAAUUGCAGAUUAUGGGUUAGCUAGCAUGGUUUUGGAGCAUAAUGAGCCUUGCUUUGGAAUUGUGAGCGGCGAUCAGGCUUGUUCGAAAAGGCAAAAGCUAUUUCAAAGGCUUAGAAGAUUGGUGGAAGGCAGUGACAAGGCAAAAGGAAGAAGAUUGGGUGAGAAAGAAAGGCAUGAAGAAGUCAAGUGUUUUGGAAGGCAUUCUGUUUCAGCUGAUGCAGAGGCACAUCACAUUGCAAGGAGGUCUUGCUUUAGUGCUUGAACACAUACAUAUCUGUAUAUUACAUCUCUUGCUAUUCAGAUAUUAAAUUCACAUGUAAGAUGUCUCAUAGAAGGCCAAUUUCUCCUUUAAUGGUUGAGAAAGGCUAUGAAAAUGCUAAGCUUCAAAAUCACAUGUAACCCUACUGGGGGACUGAUGACUUUGUAAAUCAUAUGGAACCAAUCUUUCUGACAGUUGCUUUCACUAUAAAUCUAAAUAACCAAAGCAUUUGUAUGAA